AGGACAUUUCAUUUUCCUCUUACUGGUGGGUCCGCUGUGGCCGGACUGGGAGGGUUGAGCCCUGGUCCAGCCCCGAGUGGACAGUGAGCCUCUCACCAUGACAGCCUGUUGCAGCUGGAACGAUGUUUUCCAGUAUGAGACAAACAAAGUCAUCCGGAUCCAGAGCACGAAUUAUGGCACCAUUAAAUGGUUCUUCCAUGUGUUGUUCUUUUUCUACAUUAGCUUUGCUUUGGUGAAUGACAAGCGGUACCAAUGGAAAGAACCUGUUGUCAGUUCUGUGCAUGCCAAGGUGAAAGGGAUGGCAGAGGUGAAAAAGGAGAUUAUGGAGAACGGACUAAAGAAGGUAGUGUGGAAUGUCUUCGACACGGCAGAUUACACUGUCCCCUUGCAGGGGAACUCCUUUUUUGUGAUGACCAACUUUCUCAAGAAAGAAGGCCAAGAGCAAGGGUUGUGUCCCGAGUAUCCCACCCGCGGGACGCUCUGUUCCUCUGACCAGGGUUGUAAAAAGGGAUGGAUGGGCCCAAAGAGCAAAGGAAUCCAGACCGGCAGGUGUAUAGAGUAUAAAGGGAAGCAGAAGACCUGUGAAGUCUCCGCCUGGUGUCCCAUGGAGGCAGUGGAAAAGGCCCCAGAGCCUGCGCUCUUGGGCAGUGCUGAAAACUUCACUGUGCUCAUUAAGAAUAAUAUCGACUUCCCCAGCCACAACUACACCACGAGAAACAUCUUGCCAGAUUUAAACGCCACUUGCACCUUUCACAAGACUCAGAAUCCACAGUGUCCCAUUUUCCGAAUAGGAGAUAUCUUCCAAGAAACAGGAGAUAAUUUUUCAGAUGUGGCAAUUCAGGGAGGAAUCAUGGGCAUUGAGAUCUACUGGGACUGCAACCUGGACAAGUGGUUCCAUCACUGCCGUCCAAAAUACAGUUUCCGUCGCCUUGACGACAAGAAUGCCAAGGAGUCCUUGUACCCUGGCUACAACUUCAGAUAUGCCAAGUACUAUAAGGAAAAUAAUACCGAAAAGCGGACCCUGAUAAAAGCCUUUGGGAUCCGUUUUGACAUCCUGGUCUUUGGCACCGGAGGAAAAUUUGACAUUAUCCAGCUGAUCGUGUACAUCGGUUCAAACCUCUCUUACUUUGGUUUGGCCACUGUGUUCGUUGACUUUCUCAUCAACACUUACUCAAAUAAAUGCUGUCGAACCCGUAUUUAUCCCUGUUGCAAGUGCUGUGAACCCUGUGCAGUCAAUGAAUACUACUACAGGAAGAAGUGUGAAUCCAUUGUGGAGCCAACGCAGACAUUAAAAUAUGUGUCCUUUGUGGAUGAACCCCACAUUAGGAUGGUAAACCAAAGGCUACUUGGGAGAAGUCUGCAAGACGUUGAAGGUGAAGAAGUGCCAAGACCCCCGAUGGACUUCACAGACCUGUCCAGGCUGCCUCUGUCUCUUCACGAGCCACCCCCCAUUCCUGGACAACCAGAGGCUAUCCAGCUGCUCAGUGAAAGGGCAACCCCUAGACCCAGUGACUGCCCGAACUGGUGCCAGUGUGGAAAGUGCCUCCCAUCCCAACUCCCUGAGAGACAAAGACGCUUGGAGGAGCUGUGCUGUCGGAAAAAGCUGGGUGCCUGUAUCACCACCUCGGAGCCGUUCAAGAAGCUUAUCCUGUCCAGACAUGUCCUGCAGUUCCUCCUGCACUACCAGGAGCCCUUGCUGAUGCUGGAUGCAGAUUCUACCAACAGCCAGCUGCGGCACUGCGCCUACAGGUGCUAUACUAUGUGGCGCUUUGGCUCCCAGGACCUGGCUGACUUUGCCAUCCUGCCCAGCUGCUGCCGCUGGAGGAUCCGGAGAGAGUUUCCCAAGACGGAAGGCCAGUACAGUGGCUUCAAGAGUCCUCACUGAUGUGCUGAGCAGUCAUGUAACAUUGCCUUUGCUUGCACCUUGAGCUUCCCCUGCAAAGAUGUGUGUCCAGAUUUUCAGCCAAAGGGAAAUGUGCUUUCCUCCUCCCCCAGCUCUGUAUGUGUCAGAGAGCAAAGUGAUCAGGGUAAACAAACAGCGAAUAAACCAGAAUCCCUCAGCAUGGACUGAGAGUCAAGAGAUUCAGAUUUAUAUCUCCAUUCUAUCCCUAGGAAGUUGUGUGAUCCUAGGCCUUUAACCUCUGUACCUCAGCUGCCUUAUUGUCCAAUCUAUUGUUUCACAGGGAUAUUAGGAGAGCAAAUUGAGACAGUGUACACAAACUCUUAUUAAUGCAUAAAGAGCUACAUGAAUAUGAAGCAGCUCAUUUUGAGGUGAGACUAGGAUAACGUCCAACUAUCAACAAACCCUUGGGUCCUGGUUAAAGAAUGGGGAGGAUUAAAAGUUUUGGCACAAAUUUUUUGGCAUUUGUCCUAUAGGACCUGAGGGGUUAUAUCUCCUCCCCUUGUGUCUUGGCAGCUCUGAUCACUUUAUCCAAUGAUAAAGUGAUGCUGUGUCAGGUUCAGGGUCUUGGUCUUAAGAUGCUGUCAGCUUCCACUUCCGGUCCCUUGAAACGCUUGCUGUGAAGGAAGCAAGCUCCCAUGUAAAAAUCUGUCUAUCCUGAGUCCACCCUGCUGUGAAGAAGCCCAAGCAGCCAUGUGAAGAGGAGAGAUGCCCCCAGCAUUCAAGCCGUCCAAGCCCAUGGGAGAGAAGUAGCCUUCAGAUGAUUCCAGAUCCUGCUAACAUAUGACUGCAACUGCAUCAGACAACCCAAGUGAGAGCUACCCAGUGAACCCACAGAACAAAAAUUGUUAUUUUAAACCACUAUGUUUUGUGUUGUCUGUUACAUAGCGACAGAUAACUGGGACAGAGAGCAAGCCUGAUUCAUGGGACGUAGACUCAGCCCACAUCUUCUCUGGGUCUAAGACGUGUGUCCAGAUUUUCAGCCAAAAACUCCCUGGAGCCCCUCGGGGGCUUGGGUUUCUAUUUGGCAGUUCUAGAAGAGCUGCAGGCCAAUCAGGUAACUCACCAGACCAGCCCUGGAAUCCAUCAAAUCUAACUGCUGAGCUACCCAAUACAUUUCAAUCCACAUCACAUUUCUAUGACUGGAAGUAAGUAUUGCUGUUAAAAACUGGAAUAAGCCACCUUUAUGCCUUUAACAUCCUGUACUUUGCAGCCAAUUACAAUGGAUGCAGUCUGGAUGCUACUUAAAAAGCAACUCACACUCAACCCUUUUACCAUUUCUAUACGUCAACUGCUAAGAGUAUAAAAAUGAAUAGCAGGGGCUUCCCUGGUGGCGCAGUGGUUGAGAGUCCGCCUGCUGAUGCAGGGGACACGGGUUCGUGCCCCGGUCUGGGAAGAUCCCACAUGCCGCGGAGCAGCUGGGCCCGUGAGCCAUGGCCGCUGAGCUUGCGCGUCCGGAGUCUGUGCUCCGCAACGGGAGAGGCCACAACACUGAGAGGCCCGCGUACCGAAAAAAGAAAAAAAAGAAUAGCAGGUUUUAGGAUCCUCCAGCAGGAUUUCAGUUUCAAGGUUUUGGCACUAGAACAGACUAUUUCUAAAUGACAACUAUUUUAAAGAAUAAAUAGAGAACACUAUUCAAAACUGUGACUAAUGAAGGAUCUGUGAGUUUUUAAUACAUAUUCUAAGAUUUACCAUUUUGACACUUUUUAAAAGUCAUCAGCUUUCUACUGUUUUAAUGUAAGAUAAUAUGAACAAAAACCUUCUUUUUUGGUCCCAGGAUUUCACCUGGCUUUAAACUCAGGAAUCAAGUUAACUGGGCCAGAUUUAACUCUCACUUUUACUACCUUUCAGAGAUAUUUUUGAAAACUGAAUUAUAUAUGACUUCUUCAGAAAUGAAAUUUUUUACUCUGAGAAUUCUAUGUAACUGCUACAGAUUUCCAUUCUGAUAGCCUCUGAGCCUUCAUAUGUUAUUUUUUGAUGCCUGCCUCCUAGUGUGUUUCUAUCACCUUGUGGAGACCCCAGACGGAGUCAGCAUUUGGAAUGACAAAUAAUCACUGGAUCCACCUGUUGUUUUCACCUUUCCCAGAUGCUCUGGGUGAGAAGGUGAGAGGAUGAUGUGUUACAUCAACUAUGUGCAAAAUGUCUGACACUUCCUACAACAGCAUGCAUCAUAUUUAUAUUCUUAUUUUUGGUCUAUGGUAGAAAAUAGUGUCAUCGCCAAAGGCAUCCCAAGGAAAGUCACAUUUUGUAGGAUCUGUUUUUUGUACUUAAAUCCAUUCUCCUGUUAUAGUAAUUGCACAGUAUUCACUGCUUCAUCUCUGUAUUGGAGAUCUGCUUUCUUGUAAAACUGCCUGAUUUCAUGUAGCAUUGGUUAUGGACUUGCAUUCCUCUCUUUAGAGGGAACCAUUUUUAAAACACUUCCUAAUUCU